GUUUCUGUUGUAGUAGUAGUAGUAGAAAUAGUAGUAGUAGUGGUGAGGAUAAUUGUUCAGUAGCACAUAAUUACAACUGGUCUGUGUCAUUGACGUUUCAAAUGGGUGAAACCGGUGAGGUCCAAGCUUCUGAUUCGAAUUUAGAAAAACCGAAAAGACAGCCGAGCUCCCGGUACUUGAAGAGGAAGUUUUCAGCUGAUGAGGAGUCCUCCCCGGAGAACAACAGCAGGAGUUUGCGACGGUCACUGCGAAGAGGAAGUUCCUUCACCUUCCUCACCCCAGGACCACAAUGGGACUUCAGUCUGAAGCGGAAGCGCCGAGAGAAAGAUGAGAGUGACGCAGUCAGCCUCUGCAGCUUUGACUUUAAGGAACCCAGCACAAAGCGUGUCCGUCCUCUCGGCAGGGUGACGUCGCUAGCCAACCUCAUCUCUCCGGUGAAGAAUGGGGCCGUCCGGCGCUUCGGCCAAACCAUCCAGGCCUCCUUCCGGAGCGAUGGCAAGUCGCCGGGCAUGCCCCAGAAGCCUUGCAGCAAGGCCGCGGCCCCCACACCGCCCAAAAGGAGGAACAGCAUGCUGUGGUCAGAGACACUAGACGUGCACCAGAAGGGAACUUUGUCCACCAAAGAGAUCAAGCGGCAAGAGGCCAUAUUUGAGCUGUCUCGUGGAGAACAGGAUCUGAUUGAGGACCUUCAGCUCGCACGCAAGGCGUACCAUGACCCAAUGCUGAAGCUCUCCAUUAUGUCUGAGGAAGAGCUCACUCACAUUUUCGGCAACCUGGACGCCUACAUCCCUCUGCAUGAGGACUUGCUGGCCCAGCUCUCCAAAGCCACAGGGCGAGAUGGGACUGUGGGCCAGAUCGGACAGAUUGUCGUUUGCUGGCUGCCCAGGCUAAAUGCCUACAAGGACUACUGCAGCAACCAGCUGGCAGCCAAGGCGCUGCUGGACCAGAAGAAACAGGACAGGCGAGUGCAGGACUUCCUGCAGCGUUGCCUUGAGUCCCCUUUCAGCAGGAAACUGGACCUGUGGAGCUUCUUGGACAUUCCACGCUCCCGCUUGGUCAAGUACCCACUGCUGCUCAGAGAGAUUCUGAAACACACUCCACCAGAGCACCCCGACACAGCUAGCCUGGAGGAAGCAAUCACCAUCAUCCAGGGUGUUCUGUCUGACAUCAAUAUGAAGAAGGGAGAGUCUGAGUGCCAGUACUACAUCGACAAGCUGGAGUAUCUGGAUGACAGGCAGAAGGACCCUCGCAUUGAGCAGUGCAAGAGCCUGCUGUGCCACGGGGAGCUCCGUAACAAGAGUGGGACGAAGCUGCACGUGUUCCUGUUUACUGAGCUGCUGGUUCUGACGCGCCCCGUCACCAGGAAUGAGCGCCAGUGUUUCCAGGUUUACCGACAGCCAAUCCCGGUGCAGGAUCUGGUGCUGGAGGACCUGCAGGAUGGAGAUGUCAGAAUGGGUGGCUCCUUCAGAGGUGCUUUCAGCAAUGCAGACAAAGGUAAGGCUCGUCCAAGAACAUCUUUCCGAGUGCGUUCUCAAGACCCGAGCCAUGCGCAGUCCCACACCCUGCAAGUGAACGAUGUCUUCCACAAGCAGCAGUGGCUCAACUGCCUCCGUAGCGCGAUCUCCGUCCACCGGCCCCUCAAUGAGUCCAACACCCCCAGUCCACCCACGAGCUCUGCCCGCUCCAAGCGCCGCCCCUCCUCUGUCUCGGCCAUCAUCCACAUGGAGGAAACGGACGAGAACUGCCCGCAGCCCACCUCUCAGUCCGCCCCCAGCUCACCAUGCAACAACACAACCUCCAGCCCCGCCGCGACAUCUCCCUCACCUUCCUCCUCACCUUCCUCCUCACCUUCCUCCUCAUCUUCGACGACAUCAUCGUCCUCCACGUCCCCGCUCUCCUCGUCCACAUCACACAAAACCAAAAAGGACAAGAAGAGUCUGUGUUCUUUAGGGAAGAGAAAAGAGACUAUGGUGUGAACUGAGUUGGCAGGAGACAAUGGACUCCUGGGCGGACAUUUUGUUUUUUGUACAUAAACAAACAAACAAAAAAACAGCGCAGAGAAGUGUGGAACUCGUAUUUAUGUGUGUCUGCGUGGGUGCAUAUUAUUACAACAGUGUUCUGUGUUACUGUCCACUUCGGCAGCUAUUUACCUUACCCCUCCUUCAAAGUGCAUCCCACAGAGACACAGCAUUCUGAGAGAUGUACAUGCCUUCCAGUAACUCCUGAAAAAGGGAAGCAUAACAAGAAGCAAACACAUUUCACAUAUGAAUCUGUGUGUCACAUGUGGAUUUCCUGAAGAUAGAGGUGGUGCAUCAAAUCUUGUUUACUAUUAAUUUACUAUUUAAACAUUAUUUUAGACCAUUUUUGGGAGCUAAUGAAAGUUUUACAUUUUUAUAUUAUAAAAUCGGUUGUAGUAUUUUUUUGUAGAUAUUAUAAAACAGCACUGUUUUAGCUUUCAGGUGAAGUUUUUUGAAAUUUUGAGCUUGUUUAGGAGACAGGAAAGGAAAAGAAUCCCCAAAUAGAUGAGAUGUACAACACAAUGCUACAACUUUCUCUGUAAAAGUCUGAUUUUUAGAUGAAUGAAAAGAUCUUAUUUUUAUACAUUCCUUAAAUGACAGAUGUUUGGACCCAGACAGUUUUUUAUUUUCAGAGGCAUUAAUUUUAAACCCCUAACAGAUGAGAUUUCAGUCUCUCACUGUUGGAAGACAUGUGGAAGACAUCACUAUGAAGCGUGGUGAAAUGAUCAGAAGUUGAAAUCACGUCAGAGAAGAGAUGGAGUUUUGUUUUAACACAAAAUUUUGAACUGAGCCAUGUUUUUAGAACGAAACUUUUCAGUGUAGGAUCUUGCAUGGCUCUCUAGUUGUGGGCACAGCUCGCAGCUGUUGAGGCAGCAGGAUGUAUUUAGCUGUCCUAAGGGAUUGGACAGUUAAACAUGUAAAGGACUUGUUAAUGAAAGUAAGAGAAUGUUGUCUGAAGGCUGAAGAGAUGAGAGACGAGAUGGAUAAAGCUGUGUUUUGGAAGAUUGCAAGAUGUGUAAAUCCAACAACUUCCUGUGUAAGUUGAUGUGAUAUCUUGCUCGUAGAUGGAUGAUAGAUGGUAAAACUCAAGUGAGUGUAAUGAAUGGAAAAAGUAUGUAGGGGAAGAGAGAUGAAAAGAAGGUUUUUGUAUGUGUGCACAAGAUGGAAAACAGAGAAGAAAAAUAGGCAACUUGCUGGCCACAAACUGUAUUUAAUAAAAGAACAAUAAAAAGAUCUGCAUCUGAA